UUAAAAACUGUUGCACUGCUUCGCUGGGACGUCAGUUCAUUCAGAACAGUCGAAGUGAGCAGACCACUGGAGGAGAAAGGACACCAGAGACCAGGAGUCGAAGUCGACCUCCCACCUCCAGCUAGAUCCGAUUCCGAAUCCUAUUUGGGACAACAACAUUCAGUGAAGUGCACCCAGAAAAACAAAACCGUAAACAUGCCACAAAUAUCGUUGCCCAGCAGCAGUUUGCUGGUAAUUCUGGCACUGAUCCUGUGCCUCAGCCCGCUGAUCCGGGCGGUGCCCGCCUCCGUACUUGCCCAGGACACGGAGCUUUCCACCAGCGCCAAUCAUAAGCUCCAGCAGCAACAGAAGCAGCAGCAGCAGCUGGAACAGCAGCAGCAACAGCCGGCAGCAGCGAAACGUUCGGAGGACGCGAAUGGCGUGCCCACGGCGGACAAAAAGUCAAGUCCGGAAAUUGUUCCCGCUUCCUUUAGUAAUGCUCCCUCGGCCCGGAAUAGUCCCAUUCCGAUCUCUAGCCAGCCGCAGCAACAGGUGCCAUCCGGAGUUUAUGCCCUGCCCUCGAACGAGGAGAUCCUGGCCGCCGUAGCAGCUGCUGCCCAGAAUAGCCAACAGCAGUUGUCGGAGGAGCCAACUCCUUUGGAGGAGGCAGUGGCCAGCUCUACGAUGCGCAAACGAGGCAUCAACUAUGAGUACAACCCGUACUCCCUGGCCUCUAGCGAUUAUGGCAGUGAUGUUCCCAGUGGCGUUUGGUCCGAGGACUACGAGGCCGCCGUUCCUGUCAGCUAUGGCGAACGGGACAUACAGGAGAUUGAUGAUUAUGUUCCGGAGAGAAGAGUGAGUGGCUCGAGUGCCCGAAACAAGGCCUAUGACAAUCUGCAAAAUCUCCUCAAUGCCGAGGCUUACUUGGAGAGCAUUCCCCUCUCGGUUCCGCUGACCUAUGCCAACCGGAACUACAAUCUGGAUGACCGGAACAAACGUGGAAUCUACUACAAUCUGGGCAGUAAUGGUGCCAGUGGCCUUAGCAGCGGAAGUGGCUAUAAUAGCGAAAAUCUUAACUUGAACAAAUACCGACGGUUCAAUGAUAUGCGACUGAAACGCGACACCCAGCUGAACCCUGCUGAUAUGUUGGCCCUGGUUGCCUUGGUGGAGGCCGGCGAACGAGCGCGCAAGGAAAGCGAUGUGGAGAACUCCGGACCCGUGCCGAUGAUUGCAUCCGAUGACCUGGACUAUGUGCCUGCAGCAAAUUGGUUAGAUGUACCUGUACAGUCGCAACCCGCUCUAGUGGACUACUAUGGAAUGCCAGUGGACAAUCAGAACCAGGUGAUGCCCAAAUACGAGUACGUGCCGCGCCAGCACAAGUACAGUGGAGUGAAUAGUCGUUUUGGUUCCUCGAGUCCGCGAUAUAUGGUUGGCAAGAAGAAGCGUUCGAUUAGCCAAAGCCAAUUCAUGAACGAACCGGUGGCCGAUCGCGGAUCCAGCUAUAAUGGGGAAAAGUACUUCUAAGGAGAUACCCAACGCAUCCGAUAGUCUUUAUAGUUAUUAAUGAUAGCCACAGGCCCCACGAAGAGUAUUUCUUGUUUUUUUGAACAUUGAACACAAAAUACAUAAUCCAAAGAACAUACAAAAAGGAAAAUUUCUAAUUCAAUUAUAGUAAUGAGAUAGUGUCAAGGUCAACUCGUGUGCAAUUUUUGCGUAGAAUUUCAAUUUUAAACCAAACUAACAAGAAUUAAAUUAUUGUUAAAAAUAUAUAUAUAUUAUAUUGUACGUCAAAAACAUAAUCAAAUCAAUGUUUUUAGGUGAUUUUGUCCCACGAAAUCUAACUGUAAGCCUAAUCGAAAUGAAACCAAACCGAAUCUAUGCCACUUAAUACACUGUAAGAAAUCGAUGUCUAUGGCAAAACUACUGAAAUGAAAGAAAAAAAAAUAGCAAAACCAGAGAAACCGCAACUAUCUGUAUCUACUUGUGUAAUACUUAUCGAACUAGAGGCUUCCCGACUAGUACAAAAACCAAAAACAAAAUGUGAAGAGAAUAUAUAUAUAUAUGUAUAUGAAUAUAUCGAAUGGCAACAAUCGCCAAAAACGGCUAGUUAUCAUACUUUAAUCGAGCUCAGAAGCGACAAUGGUCCUCUUUAACCGCUUUAAUUGAAAACUCAAAUAUUUUUGAAGACAUUUGGCGCCACACAUUGCCAUACACAAUUUUUUAUAUAGAAUCGCGCCGACUUGGGGACAAAACGAUCUGACAAUUGAUGAGAAUUUUAAUCUUAUAUACUGAAUAUCCGCAUCUAAACUAUAUAUAUAUAUAUAUAUAAACCUAUUAUAUGUAUACAAUAUGCAAACUAUUUGUCAAAAUUAAACUAAAAAUGGCUCAGAGCAUAAAUAUUUUAAAUAUUAUAUGCCGACGAAUGGCUAAGGUCGUAUUUUUAAUUUUGAAUGAAAUUGUCUGACUGUUUUUUGGUAAUAAUCAAAUAUACAUAUGUACUAUGGAAUAUGAUAAAAAUAAAUUAUAUAUAUAUAAUAUAUAUUACUUAUACAGAGAUUUCAAAUGCAUUAAUAGCGUAUAUAUAUAUAUGUGUGUGUGUGUAUACAAUACAAUAUAUAUAUGUAUAUAUAUAUAUAUAUUUAUGAACACUCAAGUAACUAUAAUAUUACAUAUAUAUAUUUUCCAAUUACACACAUUUUGGGUCUCUGAAUAUUUGGCCUUUAUUUAACGCCUUAAGUUCUUUGCGCGAGCUUAAUUUGAAAAUAUAUUAAUUUACAAG